AAACCGUCAUGUUCAUUAGCGUGGACUUUGGGAAGGGCUCUUCUGGCUCUCCAUUUUUCAUUAAUGGCGAUGUUGUGGGGUUUUACGGGUACGGGUUUUACAUUGAUGGCAUAUACCGGUCAACAGUUGCCGGUGGACGACCAGGUGACGUUGUCACCAACGUAGUCGAGGAUUCUACUCGCAAGUUUGUCACAUGGCAUCCUGGGAAGGGGAAGACUCGCAAGGUCAUUGUUUCUGAAACCAAGGCAAAUUUCGACUCUGGUUUGCGCACCAUUAUCCUCACCCCCACGCGUGUGGUCAUGGCUGAGGUGAUUGAUGCCCUUGCCGCGGUCGACAUAAACAGUGAUCGGAACCUUAUGUACUGCAAGAGGAACUUGGUAACUGUUGCGUGCCACGCAACAUUACAUGGCGUUAAGAAGAUCGGCGUGUCUCUCAUCAUAAUGGAUGAAUGUCAUUUCAUGGACCCAAUGUCCAUCGCCGCUCGUGGCAUAAUGGAACACCUGCACGAAAAGGGUACCAAGUUGAUGUACCUGAGUGCCACUCCACCAGGACACACCCCCGAUGGCGGAUCUAACUUCCCCAUCCAUGAUCAGGCCAUUGCGUUUCCCAGCUGGAUGACUCCGGCUUGGAUAAAUGGUGUUAGGAAGUCUCGCAACUCCAAGAAAGCAAUCAUGUUCGUCCCGUCCCAUACGCAAGCCAACUCUUUGGCUGGAUCCAUACCUGGAGCUGUGUCGUUACACCGCGGAAAUUUCUCCACGAACUAUGCCCGCGCUGGUAGCGAUGAAACCACCCUUGUGGUAUCCACCGACAUAUCCGAGAUGGGAGCGAACCUAGGAGUUGACAUGGUCAUUGACACCCGGAAGGUCUUGCGACCCAUGGUCUUCUCGGAAAACCGCAUCAAGUUGACGGAAACAGACGUCACGACGUCUUCGAUGAUUCAGCGCCGAGGACGCACCGGACGUCGAGCUCCGGGAAGCUACGUCUUUCCGGUAGACAGCCAAACGGAGGAGAACCCCGUCUCAUGGUCCUGUUGGCCCGAGGCACAAAUGCUGCUGGACCAGAUGGGCAUGACGUUCAUGCCAGAAGAAGCAACCUACAGCCAGCCUCCCGGUCGAUACACCCUUGUCGGGGAGGACCUUAUCAGGUUCAUGAAGUUCCUGGACAAGGAUGAUAUCCCAACCUGGCUGGCAUGGCAUUGGGCUGAAGCUGCUGACCGCAGACACUCAGCCCUGUUCCAAGGAAACAGUACCGGACACAUGCUAGACACUCGAUAUGGAAGAAUGGAAUACAGACCCCAGUACGUUGACGACCGGUUUGAAAACAUUGAAUGGGAUCAGCGAAAGUUGUCCAUUGAGAUGUACAUCAACACCCGCAGCACUGCUAGUCUGUAUGACAUCCUCAUGAGUGUUGACUGGCACGGAAUCUGGAAAAGGACAUCCUCUUCUCUGUGGGACUUACGUGACAUCGUCAGUGGAGAUCUGCAUGAUCAGAUCCUGACCGAGCAGUCCCUGACUUCUGGAAUGGCUUUUGUCCUAGGAUGGGUCAUAGCCAUCGCGAUUCUCCUCAUUGUCUGGACUUUGGUCUGCCUGCUCUCCUACUCGCGCUCAGGAAAGAAUUCCUAUGAGCCCAUGCCUGUAUCGGGCCCCACGUUGGGCGCCAGUAUAAGACUCAAUUAUUUUGGCCCCGGGACCACUCCGUUCCGGAAGGGACCGGACACAAGCUCCCGCCUGCUGGUCUUAGCCGCGGCAGGCGAUUGGAGUGGGCAGUCAAGACCUCUUUUAGUCCCGGGUCUCAGGGCGUUAGGCGAGGGGAGUCUUCGGAGUGCGAGUGUCCUAAAACUGGGAAUAUAAGGUGCAAAUUUACAUUUAUUACGACGACUUACAUGUGGGUGUGUCUGGGGUGGCGUUGAUCGGGCGUGGAACAGCGUUGGCCGCGAUGCAGAGGAGCGCUCCAGCAAAACGCGGCGUCGGCCGCGGUGAAGAACGGCGAGGGUACGACGCAAAGCGGCGUUGGCCGCGAUGAAGAGCUGUGUAGAGCGACGUUGGCCGCGUCGAGGAUCGGAGUUCGCCGCGCAGAAGGGCGGCGUUGGUGCGCCACGUGGUGGUGGCCGUAGCGGAAAAUAGCGUUGAUCUCGACCCAGAUCGGUGUGGGCCGCGGAAAAGCGCGGCGGAGCACGGCGCAGGCCGCAAUGGGGCCUGGCGUUGGCCGCGGUGUAGAACGGUGUGGGCUCCGUCGGGAAUCACAGCUGGCCACAGAGGCCGGCGGCGAAGAUUAUCGUUGAGCGGUGGUGGCCGUGGUGAAUAACAGGAUGGGCCUGGGCAAAGAUAGGUGUGUGCCACGGUAAAACGAAGCACAGUUCAGCGUGGGCCGCGAAGAACAGCGCCGCGUCGGCGGCGUCGAGGAUCGCCGUUGACCACCGAGACGGGUGGCCAGGACCACGGCUAGGAUCGGCCCUGAGCGGCUGGCGCCGCAGCGAUAACCAACGUUGUCCGUGACGAAAAACGGCUAAACUUUGCUCCUGUUCGCUUCUGGAACGGUGAGGGCUCACUAAUCGUUGAGACUCGAUGCAAAAAUCGGCCCUUGGAGCUGGCCGGGGAAAUCACUAGACCCUCGUGGUGGGUCGGAACCUUCAGGGCUCCGGGGAAUGACUCCCAAGCAGAUCGUUUGCUCUGCACCGGAAAACUUGAGCCGAAACUUCUCUACCUUUUUUCCCACGAUCGUCACACUUCAAUGGUAGCUAAUUAACUGCCCUCGCCUCAUCAUCCCACUCGCUGUCACGGUCGCCCACUCGCGAUCGGUAACCCAGGACAGCUAGCGUUUAUCCAUUUCCUGGGCUACAGGUAACUCCCCUUUGCUGUCGCACUUGCCAAGGUCUCUCAUUCGUGGCGGUGCGUUUGUUUUAUUGCAGCCACCCACAGAUAGAUUUAAAUGCGCCGUUGUGGUUGAUCUAAUCUUACAUUAUUAAUCCCUACCGUCUCGCACUCUUCAUUUUUCAAAAUGUUGCCUGUCGGUAACAAGUUGGCCCAGUCUUAUUAUGGUCUACAGGACUUCGUAUGCAAACCGGCUUAGGAUUUCUGGUUGUAUCAUAGUUUUAUCAAUCUUCUAAAUAAAACCAUCUUCUGACUUGUCAAAUAAUUGUUUUGAUUAUUUUUCACUCUCAAUGUUAGAUCGUCAGAAUAAAUUAUGCUUGGUUGUUUAUCCAGCCAUCAAUUGGAAAGAUGCAGAUAUGGAAUUCAGAUUUGUUUUCCUAUUUAAUACGUGUCAGAAGACAUGCCACGGAAAAUUUGUGGUGAAUGUGACUGUGAUAAUGACAGAAACGAAGUGCGCCACACAAACUAUGCAUAAUUUGAAAGUUAAUUGCAUUUAAUUUACUCGGUGGAAUUGGGUGCAAAAAGGGUUUUUUCAACACAGCGGAGUUUAAAAGACAUUAUGUAAUUUUUCUGACAAAAUAAAAUGAUGGAAACGUGUUGUAUGGUUCGAUUUGAUCUUAAGCUGUACGUGAAAUCAUAAAAUUGAGUAAUAAUUCUUCUGUAUUUACAUAAAUUAUCCCGGCUAGGCGACAUAUUUUUCUGUUAAAACUCUGUGUUCCUGAUCCAUCCAAUAGGCCUAACCCUCCUGAGGUAGUCAUAA